GGGCAAAUUGUUUCAAAUGAACUCAAAACUCAAUUAACAAUAAGCUGCGAUUGUUUACUAGAUAAAAUAAUUGAUUUUUCUAAACAAAUACUGCAACUUGAAUUUCAAAUUCAAAUUGAAUUUGUAUGAAAUGUAAAUAGGACAAAUUAUAAUUUAUUCAGAGAUGGAAUAACAAAUAAAACGGAUUAGCGGAUUUUAAAACUGAUUAAGACAUGAAAUUUUUCCUGCUUGUGUUUUGUGUUUCUUUUAACUGGAGAUACACCCAAGGUGUCCAAGGUUACUCAAAAUUUGCAUACGCCUGUGUCGGUAAAGAAGUAAAGAUAGAAUGCGAUCCUGGCGAAGUAAUACGCAUCCUCCAAGCCUUUUAUGGACAAAGUGUGAAUGGUGAAAGGUAUUGUGCGUAUGACCCACGUGACCCAUGUACUGAAAACACAUUGGAUGUUGACCUGAAGUGUACUGGAAAAGAGGAGACUUGUAUCUAUGACACAGGCAGUACCACUCACCGACAAUGUGGUGGAGUCGCCAACUAUAUUGCCGUUGAUUUCGAGUGUAUGUCUAAGGAUCAGAUGAUUAAUAUCUGCAGCUCUACGGAGGUUGAAGACAGAACAGGCUACAUAGUCAGCCCAGGCUUCCCUGAUCUACUGGGCGAAAGCAGUGUUCAAUGUAAAUGUACCAUUUCCUCCCUCGUGCCUGAUAGGAAGAUUGAAAUAUCAGAAAUAUUCGCUACUUUCAGGUACGCUCCUUCGAGAGAUUGCACUACAUGGUCAGAUGCCAUAGAAGUGACAGAUGGUACACAGAGCACACGAUUUUGCAAGGCCGGAAGUGGGCAGCUCAUCUCCACACUUGAGUCAACUAAUAUUACACUCCUACAUAAAACUGGAACUGGUGGUGCGCUAUGGUUGCAUUAUGAAUCGCCGACUCAAGAUGGAAGACUCUUGGUACGUUGUGGUGCAAAGGCAGAAGAGCCCAUCAAAAUCACGUCCACAACUACAACAAUAACACCUGAAACCCAAACUACAUCAACAACACAAACGACAACAGUAACCGAGGCCUCAACAACGGUCACUCCAACAACACAAAAUGCAACAACACAAAGUAAGGAAGUCAGUUCAGAAAUCACAACAAUAAACACAACCAUUCUUGAUGUAAAUGAAACAGGGUCACAAACUAACACUACACCUACAAGUACAACAAGUGGUCAAGUUGAUGAUUUGGUAACUGCAAAUGAAACGGUCGCUUCAACAGUAGCCUCUAAUUCAACAACUGGGCAGCCAGAGGAUGGGAAUACAACAACUCCUACUGUAACUAUGGUUUCGCAAUAUGGUGUAACAGCUGCAGUGGUUGGCGCUAUCGUUGGCUGUUUGAUCGUUGUCUUCCUCAUAAUCAUUGCACUCAUUGUGGUUUAUUUCAAGAGGGUAAAUAGCAAGGACUUUGCUUGAGGUAUGAGGCACUAACCUUUCCUGAAUAAAAGUCACUAGCUGUCACAUGCAAAAAAUUGAGAAAACACCUAACACUGAACAUGUAGAUUGCAUGAACUUUAUUGAAACAACUAACAUUAGACUAAAUAAAAUAGGAAUCUCGUAAUUUCAAAUUAUAGUGCGCGCUUUUAC